CUGCAGAGCGAGAGCCACCUCCACCUCCUCGAAACGAAGAAGGACUAGAAGAAUAGGAGAAGGACGAAAAUGAGCGCGACGGUCGGUGCCGGGAAGGUCGUGUGCGUGACCGGAGCGUCCGGUUACAUCGCCUCGUGGCUCGUCAAGCUCCUCUUGGAGCGUGGCUACACCGUCAAGGCCUCCGUUCGCGAUCUGAAUGAUCCAAAAAAGACUGAACAUCUGCUUGCACUUGAUGGAGCGAAGGAGAGACUUCAACUGUUCAAAGCAAACCUGCUGGAAGAGGGUUCAUUCGAUCCUAUUGUUGAGGGUUGUGCAGGCGUUUUUCACACUGCCUCGCCCUUUUAUGAUGAUGUCAAGGAUCCGCAGGCAGAACUACUUGAUCCUGCUGUGAAGGGAACUCUUAACGUUCUGAAGUCAUGUUCCAAAACACCUUCUGUGCAGCGCGUGGUCUUGACAUCAUCUAUGGCUGCAGUUCAGUGCAAUGGAAGACCGCUGACACCUGAUGUUGUGGUGGAUGAAAGUUGGUUUUCUGAUGCAGACUUUUGCAGGCAAAUGAACAUGUGGUAUGUGCUCUCCAAGACUUUGGCUGAGGACGCUGCCUGGAAAUUUGUGAAAGAAAAGGGCAUUGACAUGGUUACAAUCAACCCAGCUAUGGUGAUUGGUCCUCUUCUGCAGCCAACACUCAACACAAGUGCUGCGGCGAUCGCACACUUGAUAAAUGGUGCACCAACUUUUCGAAAUACAAGUAUUGGAUGGGUCCAUGUCAAAGAUGUCACAAAUGCUCAUAUACUGGCAUUCGAAGUCCCGUCGGCUAGUGGAAGAUACUGUCUGGUUGAGAGGGUUGCACACUACUCCGAGAUCGUGAGGGUCUUGCGUGAGCUUUACCCUUCUCUCCAGUUUCCAGAAAAGUGUGCGGACGACGAGCCUUUCAAGCCCAUCUUCCAGGUGUCCAAGGAGAAAGUGAAAAGCUUGGGCCUCGACUACAUUCCCCUGGAGCAGAGUGUGAAGGAAACUGUUGAAAGCCUGAAGGAGAAGGAGUUUGUUAAAUUCUGAGAGAAUAAUUUUCGAGUUUUCCCAAGUUAACAAUGUAAGUGGGUGGGAGGCUUUUCACCCACUGUACUGGCUGUUGGUUCCCAUGCUAUCAGUGUUUUUGCAAUAUGAACAAGGUGAAGGAAGGCAGGGAUCAUAGAUCUUCCUGCUCCUUUGCCCUCAUCUUUCAUUAAUAAAACUGAGUAAUGACA